AUGGAUGACAUCACUUUAGUCAAUGGCUCCUCAAGGGCAGAGCCUGAAGAUGUAAAUUCACCUGAUGGUGCACUGAUCCAUCCCUUGCUAGAACUAGGGGAUAGCACCAAGCAUCUGGGAGUUCAAGUGAUUCUGAUCCUGGCCUACAGCACCAUUAUUCUCCUGGGUGUGGUAGGAAACUCCUUGGUCAUCUAUGUGGUUUGCAAGUUCAAGACACUUCGUACUGUCACCAACUUCUUUAUUGCUAACUUGGCAGUAGCAGACUUGCUCGUCAACACGUUGUGCCUUCCCUUCACUUUGGCCUACACCCUGCUCGGCCAAUGGAAGUUUGGACAAGUGCUUUGUUUUACUUUACCAUAUGCGCAGGGACUAGCUGUCCAUGUAUCUACUGUAACCCUUAAUGUAAUUGCCCUAGAUCGACAUAGAUGUAUCAUUUAUCACCUGGAGACACAGCUUUCGAAGGACACCUGCUUUUUGGUUAUUGCUCUCACCUGGGUUAUUAGUGCUGUUUUGGCAAGCCCACUUGCUAUCUUCAGGGAAUAUGGUGUUGUGGAUCUUUCUCCAGGUAAAUCUAUUGAAGUGUGUGGAGAGAAGUGGCCAGGUAGCAGUAGAGACGGUACUCUUUACUCAAUCUCCAUGCUGCUGCUACAGUAUGUGCUCCCACUAGCUGUCAUUUCUUUUGCAUACAUCCGGAUCUGGAGUAAACUUCGUAAUCACAUCAGCCCAGCUGGUCGCAAUGACUGCCACCGGCGCCGCCGCAAGACCACUAAAAUGUUGGUCACCAUGGUAGUGGUGUUUGCUGUGAGCUGGCUGCCUUUCCACGCCUUCCAGCUGGCCAUAGACAUCGACAGCAGUGUGCUGGUCAUGCAGGAUUUCAGGCUGCUGUAUACUGUGUUUCACAUCGUCGCCAUGUGCUCCACCUUUGCCAAUCCACUUCUCUAUGGUUGGAUGAAUCUAAAUUAUCGAAAUGCCUUCAUGGCUGCCUUUCACUGUAGGAAGCGACUUGACUCAGUGAACCCCCAGCGUCAAGAUGCCAUUGUGGUUCCCAAGACCAAAAAGGCCCUGAAAGCCCAGGAUGUGCUAGCAACACGUGUCAAUGCCACAGAUGUUUGAGUAAACCAAAAAGUAUUUGUGGACAAAUAUAUUGGAUGCCGGGCUAUCAACGAUCUUUUUUUACUUAAUAUUGAUGAUGGUCAAAUGGCACAAGUAGACCCUUGAGUUACGAACAUUUUACCAUACAAACAUUUCGGGUUAGGAGCGAUCUUUUUCAACUUAACGUACAAACAAAUUUCGGAUUACAAACCAAAAUUCUCGAAACACGUGACGUCACGAACAAGGUGACUCCAACCGUCUCUCUAUAUAUAAACAGUGAGCGAACAUUUGGACAGCGGACAGUGUUUUUUGGUGUUUUCUUUAUAUUUCGUAAAAUUCUAUAUUAAAUUGUCCAAAAAGAAGCUGCAGAGAAAGCGUAGUUGUGUUGUAUAAUUACUCCUGCCAGUAGCUGUCACUGUGUAUCAGACAGAGGGGACAGUGAGUGAGAGAGAAGAAGGAGUAGAAGAAGAAGUCGCUGAGUAAAGUAUUUUUUUUGCACCUACAAAAUAGAACACUAUUGAAAU